AUGGUUUCUGUAGAAGAAUCACAGUCGCAUUCUCUUCCCUACUCCAAUGCCAGUACCUGUACGCGCAUCCCCCAAACACGCAUUAACUAUUACACGCCACCGCCAUCUUCAGCCAAAGUCCCCUGUUCAAUGGGCCGCUCCAUGCGCACCGUCCGGUCCAACCUCUUUCAGACCGAAAGGCCUGAUAAGUCGCCUGCCAUUUUUGAAAACUUGACCGACUCGGUUAUUGACCUCCGACUCGACGAGCUCGCUAAUAAAUCGCUAGUUAAUUUGAUAACCUCUUGCUCCGAAGACAUUGAUUUUUUUUUUGAUGUCUCUCAGGCUAUUAGUGACUUCUCAGCGUGCUCCAGUGAUAUAUCUGGAGAACUCCAGCUACUUGUAGGCCUCCUCACCUCUACAGAUGCCGGAUUGAAUUCGGAGCUCGAGCUUGAGUUGUCAUCGGGCUUUUCCACGGAGAUUAUUGAGAAUUUUUUGCCUGAAGACCUACAACGUACUAUUAAACUAUGUGUUGAUGGGUUACAGUCUUCUUCCAUUGCAGCGAGAAGGUUAGCAGCAGCUAAAUUAAGAAUAUUAGCCAAGAAUCGGGCUGAUAAUCGAGAAUUAAUUGGGGAGUCUGGGGCAGUACCGGCUCUGAUCCCACUUCUCCGGUGCUCUGACCCGUGGACCCAGGAACACGCAGUCACCGCGCUGCUCAAUUUAUCCCUCCAUGAAAACAAUAAAAGCCUAAUCACAAAUGCAGGAGCUGUAAAAUCCUUAAUUUACGUACUAAAAACCGGCACAGAAACGUCAAAGCAGAAUGCAGCUUGUGCUUUGCUGAGCUUGGCUUUGAUUGAUGAGAAUAAAUUGUCAAUUGGGGCUUGCGGAGCUAUACCUCCAUUGGUGGCCUUGCUCAUACAUGGGUCAAAUAGAGGGAAAAAGGAUGCUUUAACGACACUGUAUAAGUUGUGUUCGGUGAAGUUUAAUAAGGAGAGGGCAGUGAGUGCCGGUGCUAUAAGGCCAUUGAUUGGCCUUGUUGAGGAGCAGGUAACGGGAUUGAUAGAAAAGGCGAUGGUGGUGUUGAGUAGUUUGGCAGGGAUUGAGAUGGGACGCAAGGCAAUAGUUGAAGAAGGUGGGAUCGCUGUCCUCGUGGAGACUAUUGAGUAUGGAAGUGAUAGGGGGAAUGAGUUUGCUGUUUUGACUUUGUUACAGUUGUGCGGGAAGAGUGCUAGGAAUCGGGGAUUGCUUGUUAAGAAAGGAGGCAUUCCGCCUCUGGUUGCACUGACCCAGCCUGGGACUGCCAAAGCCAGGCAUAAGCCAUUCCAACCACUGAUAUCACCUCCUCAAAGUAUCGUACCCGGUUGGAUGUCAAGUACCACCCAGGCCAUUCCACAGGGUACUGUUGUUGCAGGUUACCAGGGACCGGGAGGACGGCGACACCACCGACAGGCUGAACUCCGAUUUGCCUAUUCUCUUUCUGAUUUCCGUUUAAACCGACCGCGGCUGGGGAGACCAGGGAUGGGGAGGACGGCGACACCACCGGCGGGCACAAGCGUGGCUGGAAUCGACGGGAAGCAUAGUGACGGGGAGGCUCACUCUGACAUGAAUGUAGUGACAAUACUGGUGGGCAAUAAAUCUGAUCUCAAAGAUGCUAGAGAAGUUACAACUGCUGAAGGCAAAGAUCUGGCCGAGGCACAGGGUCUAUUCUUCAUUGAAACGUCAGCUCUGGAUUCGUCCAAUGUGUCUCAUUUGCAUUUCAGACAGUAG